CGAGCGGGCUCCGGGUCCCCCGCCGCAGCCGGCGGGGGCGAGGAUGGACAUUCCCUUCUACCAUGACGAGGUGUUGACGGCCGCGCUGGCGCCCCGCAGCCCGCUGCAGCAGCCCUUCCCCGACGGCAGCAUGAUGAAGAAGGACGCGCUGGCCCUGGCGCUGGGCGAGCAGGUGCUCAAAGGGCCCGACGGCGCGGCGCUCCUCUCGGCCUCCUCCGCCGCCUCCUCGCCGUCGGAGCUGGGCCUCCUCAAGCUGGCCUCGCCCGAGCUGGAGCGGCUCAUCAUCCAGUCCAACGGGCUGGUGACCACCACGCCGACCAGCGGCGGCGCCUUCCCCUUCGCCAAGGGCCCCGACGAGCAGGAGUUCGCCGCCGGCUUCGUCAAGGCGCUGGAGGACCUGCACCAGCAGAACCAGCUCGGCGGCGUCGUCGGGGCUCCCCCGCUGCCUUCCCCCGCCGGCCCGGUCCCGGAGCCGCCCGUCUACGCCAACCUCAGCAGCUUCGGCGGCUACGCGCCCGACGGGGGUCCCUUCGGCGGCGGCGCCUCGAGGCUGCCCGGCGGGCCUCCGCCCAAGGACGAGCCGCAGACGGUGCCCGAGGUGGCGAGCUUCGGCGACAGCCCGCCGCUGUCGCCCAUCGACAUGGACACGCAGGAGCGCAUCAAGGCGGAGCGCAAGCGGCUGCGCAACCGCAUCGCGGCCUCCAAGUGCCGCCGGCGGAAGCUGGAGCGCAUCUCCCGCCUCGAGGAGAAGGUCAAGAGCCUCAAAAGCCAGAACACCGAGCUCGCCUCCACCGCCAACCUCCUCCGCGAGCAGGUGGCCCAGCUCAAGCAGAAGGUCCUCAGCCACGUCAACAGCGGCUGCCAGCUCCUGCCCCAGCCCCACCCCGUGCCCGCCUACUGAGCCCCCCGACGGACCCGGGGACCGGGCUCGCCUCGACGGGGAGGCGCUUGGAACGGACCCUGCCACUCGCGGGCCUGGGGAGGCGGAAGGACUGCAGCCCCCCCCCCCCCCUUUGCAUGGACGCAGCCGGCCCUCGAGGGGAGGGGGAGCCCGCCUCGACGACGCCCUCCCCCCUUCCCCCGUCGUGGUUCGGCCCAGGACUUGGGCUCGGCGCCUCCCUGCUGCCGAAACAGGGCCUCGCCUUGACCCUAUUUAUGUUAAUAUAUCCGGCCCCGGUUGUUUUCCUUUCUUUCUCCUCGUCCAGGGCCCCUGUUUUUUCUCUUUCUCUCUCUCUCUCUUUCUCUCUCUUUUAUUUUCGUCCUUGUAUGCAUCACAUUCCAUAAAUCUCGUUGCAGGAGUUAAAA